AAUUAUGCCUACGUUUCGUCACCCCGGUAUCACCGUCAACGGGGUUCGAAGAACAAGAACGUACCAUUACUAUUGGUGUAGGCGAUGCCAACGCUCCAUUAGAACCACCACCACCAACCCUUCCGAAAUACUAUGCCCUGUUUGCUUCGGUCAAAUCAACCACGAGCUCGACAUUUCAAGGCCUAGGCCUCUCCUCGAACCGGGCUUCGAGUCGUCUUCUGGGGCCCGCUUGCUCGACUCGUUGGCCCGCAUGCUGGACCCCCCAAUUCCAAAUGCGACCCACCGGGCCUCAGUUCUACUUCAGUUCAUAGGGCCCGAUGGGCGCACCGGGCCCGUUUCCCGGCCGUCUUCUGAUCAAGGACUGGAUGAGUUAAUCCAAGAAUUGACUCAGAACGACAGGCCGGGCCCACCAACGGCGUCCCCAUCGGCUAUCGAGGCACUGCCGGUGGUGGAGCUGAGGGGAGAAUACUUGAAGAAUAACGAUACGUGUUGUCCGGUUUGUAAGGACGAGUUCGAGGUCGGGGUUUUAGUGAGGGAGCUUCCGUGCAAGCAUUUCUAUCACUCGGAUUGCAUCGUCCCUUGGCUACACAUCAACAACACGUGUCCGGUUUGUCGGUACGAAAUACGAGGAUUAAACAACAACAACAACAACAACAACAACAACGACGCAAGUAACAAUAACUUUUUCGGAGACGAUUACAAUUUCGAGGGUUUUAUGUUCGGAGAAGGAGAAGAAGCGGGCGAGAUGGAAUAUUCCGAAAACUGGAGGUGGGCCCAUGAUCUCUUGUCAUUGAGGCCAUUCAGUUUGGUUAUGAAUUGGGCACAACUCUGUCUUGAUUUUCUUGAUGAUAGAAUCAAUGUUUCUCGUGGAGGUAGCUGGUGGAGAUCUUGGGGGGGCAUUCCUUAAUUAGCUCUCUCCUUUUUAAGGUAAAAAGAAUAUUCCAAUUAGAUACAUAUAACUUAAAUUAGUUGAUGAGACUAACAUGAAAAUAUUGUGUUAAAAAAAAUGAGACAAAAUUCAGCAUAUC